CCCUCGGAUCCCGCCCAGGACCUGGAAUUCUGGAGCACACAGACCAGACACCUUUGCACCUCGUUCCCCCUGCUCUGACCCCACCCUCGCCGUCUUUCCCCGCCCCUGUACCUGGGUGGAGCCCGAGGCCAAGGCGCCAAGGCUUCCCAGUCCUCCAUCUGUGCUCUGCCCAGAGCAGAGGCCAAAAGAGGGCUCUGAGCCCGGCCCCAUGAGGACGCUCUUGACCAUCCUGGCCGCGGGAUCCCUGGCCGCCCACGUUGCUGAGGAUACCUCGGAUCUUCUUCAAAACGUAAAAUUCCAGUCCAGCAACUUCGAGAACAUCCUGACGUGGAACAGCAGCCUGGAGAGCGCCCCAGACACGGUCUACAGUGUGGAGUAUAAGAAGUACGGAGAGAGAGAGUGGCUGGCAAAGGAGGGCUGCCAGCAGAUCACCCGGAAAUCCUGCAACCUGACGGUGGAGACGGGCAACCUCAUGGAGCUCUACUACGCCCGCGUGACUGCCAUCGGUGCUGGAGGCCGGUCAGCCACCAAGAUGACCAACCGGUUCAGCUCCCUGCAUCACACUACCAUCAAACCACCCAAUGUGACCUGUAUCCCCAAGGUGAGAUCCAUCCAGAUGAUUGUCCAUCCCACCUCCACACCUAUCCACACAGGGGAUGGCCACCAGCUAACCCUCGAGGACAUCUUCCAUGACCUAUCCUACCACUUAGAGCUCCAGGUCAACCACACCUACCAAAUGCACCUUGGAGGCAAGCAGAGAGAAUACGAGUUCAUUGGCCUGACCCCUGACACAGAGUUCCUUGGGACCAUCAGGAUUUUCGUGCAAACCUUGUUCAAAGAGAGCGCCCCCUACGUGUGCCGAGUGAAGACCUUGCCGGAUCGGACGUGGACGUACUCCUUCUCAGGCGCCUUCCUGUUCUCCAUGGGCUUCCUCGUCGCAGGGCUCUGCUACAUGAGCUACAGAUAUGUCACCAAGCCGCCUCGGCCUCCCAACUCCCUGAACGUCCAGCGAGUCCUGACCUUCCAGCCUCUGCGGUUCAUCCAGGAGCACGUGUUCGUCCCAGUCUUUGACCUGAGCGGCCCCAGCAGCCUGGCCCAGCCCGUCCAGUACUCUCAAGUCAAGGUCUCCGGGCCCAGGGAACCCCCAGGAGACCCACCGCCUCACAGCCUGUCUGAGAUCACCUACCUCGGGCAGCCAGACCCCUCCAUCCUCCGGCCCCCUGGAGUGCUGCCUCACCAGAUGCUCUCCUCACUGUCCUUUGCGCCUCAGGCCGCCCCAGAAGUUGGGCUCCCAUCCUACGCACCUCAAGUGACCCCCGAAGCUAAACCUCCAUCGUACAUGGCCCAGGCCGUCUCUGAGGUCCAGCCUCCCUCCUACACUCCUCAGACCACUCCAGACAGCUGGCCUUCUUCCUAUGGGAUGUGUGUAGAAGGUUCUGGUAAAGACUCCCCACCUGUGACACUCUCUAGCCCCAAACACCUCAGGCCUAAAGGUCAGCUCCAGAAAGAGGCACCAGAAAGAUAUACCAAGAGGUAUAUCCCAGAAGGCCUUUCUCUGCAAAGGGUGACCUUCUUGGAUAUGAAGGACCCCCAAGAAGCAAACUCCUUCCACCAGCAUUUGGGGGUUCACCCGGACAGAGUACCUGACCCCUGUGUGCUACACAGAGGGAAACCAGGGACAUCAUCGUACCUGAAGGGCCAACUCCCCCUCCUCUCCUCUGUCCAGAUUGAGGGCCACCCUGUAUCCUUCUGUUUGAACUCUCCUUCCCUCCCAUGUUCCCCCACAGACCAGGAACCAAGUCCCUGGGGCCUGCUGGAGUCCCUCGUGUGUCCCAAGGAUGAGGACCCUGUAUCUGAGACUGAGGCCCAGGGCCCAGCCCCUCAGGCAUCAGACCUGACGCAGCGCCCAGAACUGGACUCUCUCUUCAGGGGCCUGGGCCUGACCGUGCAGUGGGAGGCCUGAGCCGAGAACAGGGCGGGCCUGGGCCUUCCUCUGUCCCCACCCAACCUCACACCACCGGCCAGCACUCCCACACCCAACCGGGCCGCACGCUGGGCAGCCGGGCCUCAGGUGAGUGCCCAUGAAAGGGCCAAAGGAAAGAGGGGCACGGGCCCCUGCCGUGGGUGAGCUACGGUUGGAGCAAAAUGGCAUGAUAAGGACUGCAGCCCAGAGGUUCCGCGUGUGCAUCGUGUGCAAACGAGCGCGUGCAAGCGGAGCUCCAUGGGGCCAAAGGGGUGUGGGAGUUAAUGCAGGGAGGCUUCACGGAGAUCCAGCGCCCCGGCUCCUAAGAUGCUGGACAGGAAGUUCUCCAGCCCAUUCCUGGCCAGAUCCGUAAACUAGUGCGACAGUGAGGUCUCUACUUCCUCUGUCGUUACCCUCUCCCAAGAAACAGCCCAGGAGGGACCCUCAUAGCAGGCUGGGCAGAGUCAGGACUGCUGAGCUUUGCCAAGGCCAGAGGCUGCACGAGGCAGGGGUGCGGCCCAGGGCUCAUUCCCAGCCCGGCUACCGCCUGAGAUCACACCGGCUCCACUUCGUUCCCCUGCUGGGGGCUCCCCCCCUCCAUGGAACGCAGGUCCCCCAGGGAGGGAGGACACACGGAGCCUUUCCUGCCUGCAAACGUUUCUGACCCUGUUUUGAGAGCAGGGUUUAUAACGAGCACCGGGUCAUGUGGCCCUUGAAACAGACACAACAACAAAGUGCACUUACUUCACAACUUUGGAAACUUAGCUCAUCUGGGUGCAAGUUCCAGCCUUACCACUUACCGGCUGUAUGACUUCAAGCAAAUGAAUCACUCCUCAAAACCUCAGUUUCUUCAUCUGUAAAGUGGAGAUAAUAACACCUACUUCACGGGGGUGUGGUGAGGAUGAAAUUAAUUAAUGAAAUGUCUCUAAAGUACUUAAUUGUGCCUGGCACAUGCGCAGUGCCCAGGAAAUGUCCUGUUGCGAUGUUUUAUAAUCAGGCAGCACAGUGAGUGACCCACUCCCCCAGGUCAGGAUGGCUUCAGCCUGGGCAUUUUCUCAUGGGCUCAAAUCACCCUGAUUUUCUCAGGAUCGCCUUGGGCCAGGCCAGAGGGGCUGGGCUAUCUGGGGGAGGCGGAGGGAAACGGGGUUUGAAGACAGAUGGAAGCUUCUCCCUGAGGUUGUAGGAGGAAGCUGCUUGCGGGUGGGGUGCCGUUCCCAGGGGACCUCCUCCCCGACAGCUCACCAGAGGCGGUGCAGGGCUUUCUUGCCCUUCUGCCCCCGCUCGGGGCUCCUCCUACAUAAGGAAAGGGCUCCGUGCUCAUGCUGUGGGGUGCUGGCCUGCCCUUUGUACCAUUUGCCUCUCGGAUGAACCAUACGAUAAGAUAAGAUAACUGAGGCCCGGAGAGGAGAAGGGACUCAGCAAGGGACACCCCCGUGGAAGCCGUGACGUAGCUGGAGCUCAAACCUAGCGCUUUCUUUCUUUUUUUUUUUUUUUUAAAUGUUUUAUUUAUUUCUGAGAGACAGAGAGAUAGUGUGAG